UACAAACCAUUCACAUUUCUUUCGUCUAUUUCCAAGUGCUCUUUGUUCAAGAUGACAAAGGGUACCUCAAGUUUUGGUAAACGGCGUAAUAAGACACAUACGCUCUGUAGGCGUUGUGGUCGCAGUUCCUAUCACAUUCAGAAAUCCCAGUGUGCACAAUGUGGAUAUCCUAGGAAGAAGAUGCGUUCGUACAAUUGGUCCAUAAAGGCAAAAAGGAGGAAGACUACUGGUACUGGACGUAUGCGACACCUCAAAAUUGUUCGCCGUAGAUUCAGAAAUGGAUUCAGGGAAGGAUUACCGAAGCCCAAGGCUGUUGCUUUUAAAUAAUUUUACUGAGUUUCGUGCGGAUUUUAAGAUAUACCAGAAAUGUAUACAAUAAAAAACUUAAAGUUAUUCUAAAGGAA